UUCUUCGGAUCUUGCGCUCGGGAUGCAAAGUUCCCCUUCUUUCUAUCCAUCACUGCCGUACCGUUUCUCUCUCUCUCUCUCUCCCUCCCCCCUCCUUCCCUCUUCUCUCUCUUCGCUUCAACCGCCGGAAACUCGCUCUCUAACUUCCCCAUCCCUCUCUUGAACAACAACGGAUAACAAAACUACAUCUAAUUCUUUUUAGAUUUGAAACCCUUUCGUUCUUUUUAACCCCGCUACACAUAUACUAGCUUACAGAAAAAAACAAAAAAAAAAUAACCAACGUUACGAUACCAACCCCUCAUCGCUCCGAAACUCCCUUUCUCUCCUUCCCCCCUUUCCAGAGCACGACCCCCCCCCUCCACCACUCCCAACCCUAACCCCUUCUCCUCCUGAGUGGUGGUGCCGUCUUGUUGUUUAGACCACCGCCAUCCCUUCCUCUCCUUCUUCCUCUUACCUCAGCCUACAGAGUCCCACACUACCGCUGCUAUCGCUAUUACCAUCGCUACCACUACCCUCCGUGUCCUGGCCGGCUAACCCCAAGCGAGAACAUUCCAACUUCUUAAUAAUACGGCUGCACCCUACCGUGCUCUUGAUUACCCCCUGCCAACAUUGUUCGCAAUGGCUCGCAAGUCCAUGCCUCUAUCGAUAGCUCCGGUUCCCCUCGACGCCGGUUAUGUUAUCGUCGACCAGAACUCCACCUCCAACAGUUCAUCCAGCAGUAGCCCUGAGCGCUUCACUAACGACGCGGGCCCUGACUGUUUUUUAUCUAACCCAGACGAUAGUCACUCUUCGAUAGCCGAGCUAACGGACUUCCGCAACAUGACCGUAUCUCCUAUCGAGAAGAUGGCCUCCCUCCGCAAGCCGCAUCCCCAUCAACAACAGCAACAACCCCUUUCACCGGUUAAUAGGCUUCCUCCUGAGCUCCUGAUCGCCAUAUUCUCCAAGAUCACCUCCCUGGUGGUCUUGAAGACUUGCAUGCUGGUGUCCCGGCAGUGGGCCGACUGCAGCGUAGAGCUGCUCUGGCACCGUCCGCAUUUCGGGGAAUUCACGAAAUAUGAGGCUAUGGUCGCUGCCAUCCAGGAUGAGAAUGCCUUCUACAAGUACUCUCAGUUGAUCAAGAGGCUCAACUUGACCCCCAUCUCGGCAAAGGCUAACGAUGGGAGCAUGAAGCCGCUGGGGCUGUGCACAAAGUUGGAACGCCUGACUCUCACCAACUGCGUCAACUUGACGGAUUCCCCGCUCGUGGAGAUAUUGGCGGGUAACCCGCGCAUUCAGGCGCUGGAUAUGUCGCAGCUUUAUAAUAUCUCGGACUUGUCGAUUAAUGUGGUCGCUCAGAACUGUCCGAGGCUUCAAGGGUUGAAUGUUGCUGGGUGUAAGCGUAUUACUGAUGCUUCUAUGGUUCCGUUGUCUGAGAACUGUAAAUUUCUACGUAGACUUAAGCUUAACGAUUGUAACCUUUUGACUAACUCUACAGUCAUUUCGUUGGCUGAGAACUGUCCUCAGCUUCUGGAGGUGGACCUGCACAAGUGUCACAAUAUCACGGAUGAGUCGGUUCUUCAUAUGUUCAAUCAACUCCGCCAGCUUCGGGAGCUCCGCUUGGCUUAUUGCGACCUCCUUACCGACGACGCAUUCCUCAAGCUUCCAAAUAGGACGUACGAAUUACUGCGCAUCUUGGAUCUUACAGGCUGUAGGCUACUUACAGACCAAAGCGUGGGUAAGAUUGUCGGCAUCGCGCCCAGGCUCCGCAAUCUUAUUUUGGCAAAGUGCGAGAAUAUUACCGAUAGGGCUGUGACCCAUAGCAUUACAAAAUUGGGGAAGAAUUUGCACUACUUGCACCUUGGUCACUGCCAACACCUUACGGAUCGCGCCGUGCAGGCACUCGUACGUUAUUGCAAUAGGAUCCGGUAUAUCGAUCUGGCCUGCUGCACACUACUUACUGACCAGGCUGUGUGUUAUCUUGCCGGGCUGCCAAAGUUGAGGAGGAUUGGGCUGGUCAAAUGCCAUCAGAUUACGGAUUAUGCUAUCCAGACUUUGGUCCGUCGGACAAAUGACUUACCGUGUCCUCUUGAGAGGGUUCACUUGUCGUAUUGUACCAAUCUUACUGUUAAUGGCAUCCAUGACUUGAUCAAGAGUUGCGAGCGCCUUACCCAUCUCAGUUUGACUGGUGUCGACGUCUUUUACAGUAGGAAGGAUUUCACCCAAUUCUGUAGGCCUCCGCCUGAGGAAUUUAAUGAACACCAACGUGAAGUCUUUUGCGUCUUUAGUGGCAGCGGAGUAGAUAAACUCCGUCGGUACCUAAGCGCCCAACAAGCCGCUAACUCCGCUACGGCCAACACCGCUGGUGGGAACCCCCUCGCGUUUUAUAAUGAUGAGGAUGAUGAUACCCAGGAAAUGGAGGAGGAUGGGGAGGCGGGGACAGAUGGCGUUGAGGAUUAGGAUUCAUUCAUCGCAUGGGGGGGAUUGGGGUGAUUGGAGAGAUACACGCCAUCGCCUAAUUCUACUAUUGGUGGUAGGCAUUCUCGGCUUUUCUCAUUCGUUUCUUUUCCCAUCACCUUCACUUAUUUAUCGGUCGUCCUUGUUGAGUUGGUAGUUUGUUUGGCGAUAUGUACUUUUCUCUCUCACGUGACUAUGGUGGCAUAUGUCUUAUCUUGUCUUUCCUGUGUGCGCAUGGCGAUCUGGAAUAAUUGUAUUUUUUUCCUCUUCAUUUUGUUUCCUUUUUCUUGGAAAAAGCUGUUUCCUUUCUUUGGGGGUGCAUUUGGUACAGGUCUUUUAUUAUUGCUUCCUUCUCAUCUCAUGUUUAGGCACUUUUUUUUCCCUCUCGCGAAGUAAGUGGCAGAGGUAUUAAUACUCCAUGAGUUGAAUAAUGGGUGAACUGUUGGUGGGUGGAUAGAUGUAUGUUACUCUGGUUUUUCCAUUUGUUCCAUUGUUCCCCCCCCCGCUUUUGGUGGCGCUAUCUGCUUGGGUGAAUGGGCCGGUGGGUGGCUAGAUUGGCACGUAGAAUUUAGGGAUUUUUUUUUUCCUUUG